CCAUGUCUCUGCCGUUUUUCCUCGUCCUGCUGUGUUGUGUCUGCAGCUGCCUGGUAACGAGCACGCUCAACGAUCUGGACCGCGUCCCGAGGAAAACCAUCCUCUAUCCGCAUGCUCAUGUGAAACGGUUUAAAGAUGAGGGGACGUGGAAUUACUCCAGCAUGUUACUGAGAGAAGAUCUCGGCCUUUUGAUUCUGGGGGCGAGAGAGGCCGUCUACGCCCUUGACAUCGGCGACAUCUCCGUCCAAAAGUCAAAGGUUCCCUGGGAGGUGACAGAAGAUAAACGGAGGGAGUGCACAUACAAAGGAAAGCACUUUGAUUACGAAUGUCGUAACCACAUAAGGACCCUUCACCAGAUGGACGAUGGGACCAUGUACGUGUGUGGUACAAACGCUUACAGCCCCACCUGUGACUAUAUGACCUAUGAAGACGGAGAGAUGAGACUGGAGAAUGUGCAGAUCAACGGAAAAGGGAAAUGUCCCUUUGAUCCUUUUCAGAGAUACUCCUCUGUUAUGGUUGGGGAUGACCUCUACUCUGCCACCUCCAUGAACUUCCUUGGCUCUGAGCCGGUCAUCCUCCGCAGUUCUCCUACGGUUUUACGGACGGAGUUCAAAAGCUCCUGGCUCAACGAGCCCAGUUUUAUCUUCAUGGAUCUGGUGCGAGAGGGCGAGGGCAGUGCUGAGGGAGACGAUGACAAAGUGUAUCUGUUCUUCAGCGAGAGCGCGGUGGAGUACGACUUCCACAGUAAACUGACGGUUUCACGGGUCGCUCGCGUCUGCAAGGGGGACUUGGGAGGACAGAGGACCCUGCAGAAGAAAUGGACGUCGUUUCUGAAAGCUCGUCUGGACUGUUCUGUAUCAGAACCAAGCCUGCCGUACGUUGUACAAGACGUCUACCACUUACAGCACAGCGACUGGAGAGAGAGCGUCUUCUAUGCAGUAUUCACUCCUCAAUCGAGUUCUGCAAACCUGUCCACUGUGUGUGCAUACAAAGCAUCAGACAUCAGCGGCAUGUUUUCUCACGGGAGGUUCAAGACGCCGGUCACCGUGGAGACGUCCCACGUGAAAUGGGUGAUGUACAGCGGAGAGCUGCCCGUCCCUCGCCCUGGAGCUUGCAUUGACAAUGUUGCGAGGAGCAUGAAUAUGGAGCGCUCGUUGGACCUGCCUGAUAAGACGCUUCAGUUCAUCCGUGACCGCCCCCUGAUGGACGAAACCGUGAGGCCUCUGACCGGGGGGCCGCUGCUGAUCAAGAGUGGGGCCGCGUUCACCCGACUGGUCGUCGACAGCGUUUCCGCGCUUGACGGACACGCUUACCCCGUCAUGUUCAUAGGCACAGAUAAUGGCUUUAUACAGAAAGCUGUGAACUAUGAUGGGGAGAUGUACUUCAUUGAAGAAGUGCAAGUGCUCCAAGAACCUGAGCCAAUCAAAAUUCUUCGUCUCUCAUCAGCCACGGGUCAUUUGUUUGCGGGCUCUGACUCUGCAGCAGUCCAGAUGCCUCUGAGUAACUGUGGUCGCUAUCACUCCUGUCUGGACUGUGUGUUGGCCAGAGAUCCGUACUGCGCCUGGGAUCUCACAGUCGGCAACUGCUCUACGGUUCCCAACCCUCCCACGCACGCGAAUAUGGUACAGAGUUUGAAAGACCCAGAUACAACCGUCUGUCCAGCUUCACACUCACUGAGGGAGGAGUCUUAUUCACUAGCCCUGGGCAGUAACAUUAAACUGGGCUGUCGGCCGGAUUCCAACUUGGCCCGGAUUCUCUGGCUGUUCUCCAGGGAGCCGCUCCUCCCGUCCGACAGCAGAUACAUCUCCGACGAGGGCAUCCUCAUCCUGAACUUCUCCUCUGCCGACGCGGGCCAGUACACCUGCGACUCCGUGGAGCGGGUGAACGGUAAAGAGUACCACAGGACGCUAGCCCUAUUCUACCUGGAGCUUAAGGAGACCACCACGGAGCAGCCGGAGUUAAAUACAGAGGGAGCGACCACCAAGCCUGCCCUUCCGUGUCUGCCUGGAACACAAGUGGGCGAUAACAGCUCGGUGGCUCUCAAAGUGGCCGUGGCUUUUCUGGCCAUAACGUUGGUGGCUUUUCUGCUGUGGAACCUCAUCAAAGGCCACUUGCGUCUUCCGGGCUGCUUUGGAAAACGGACAGCAGUGGCCACCAACGGAGAGAUCGCACACAGAGAUUUCUCGCCCUGUCCUGGCUUCUCCCUGUCCAGCAGCUACAGCAGGAAUAGCAAUCACAACAGCAGCGUCGUCGCCAAGGACGGCGGAAUGAUCAUCUCCCCCAGACUGGAGAAGCCAAAAAUCACGGACGUGUUUUUGUACAUUGAUGAGGAGUCUGAGAUCUGAACUCUGUGACCUCUUCAUGACCAGUA